AUGACUGUCAAUCAACAUUAGAUUAAUGAGAAUAUAGAUGCUUUUAUUUUAGAUGAAUUUGUAAAAGGAGAAUAAAGGGAGAUUGAUAGAACUAAAAUUAUAAACUUUAUAAAAUAGAAAAAUAUUGCUUUAAUUAUAACAACAAGAAGAAAGGAAGAACUAAACUUUAUUUAAUAACCUCCUUAUAUCGUUAUAGUAAGUCAGCUUAGUGAAAAUAUUGAUAAUGUGUACUAAGAUCAUGCAACCAUUAGUGAUUAUAAUCUCAAAAUUUUUUAGAGCAAAAUUUAAGGUAGAUUUCUUUACUUGAUAGAUAAUUAUUUAACAAUGUUGAAAUACAUCCUUAGUUUUUAAUUAUAUUGUAAUUACCCAUCAGAUAUGGAUUAAGUAUUUAAUCUAUUUGAAUUCUCUAUAGUAUACAUAAACAUUAGUAAAGGAAAUGGGUUUAGAAGACUUUUUUCAAGGAGCUAUAACUGGUUUAAGAACUCAAUAGGGUUCUGAUGUAAGAGAAUAACAGCCAUCAUCUAAUGAUAUUCAAGUAUAUAAAUUACCAUAGCCUAUAAAAAUUCCUGUUUUAUAAAUAUAAAUGAAUUAGAACUAGAUUAAUUGA